UCGGCGGCGGCUGGAGCGAGAGCACGACGCAACGCGCCCGGGGCUUCCCGAGCUCCGCCUGGCCGCCCAGCGCCGCAGCUCGCCCGAGGCCUGGAGGGGUCCGGGCCGACGUCCAUGGUCGCGGCGUCCUGAGGCUGGGGACGCACCCGGCGCCCCCAACCCUUCUCUGCCUCCUUCCGUCGGGCGGGCGGCCUCCUUCGGCGCCUCCCCGCGCUCGCCCGCCGCCUCCCUCCCUCCUUCCCUGCGGCUCCCCCGGCUUUCGGGAGCCCGGGGGCGGCCUGUGGCGCGCAGAUCCCGCGCCGGACUGCGCCUCUUUGGACCUUGAGGGGAAACAUGCGUUUGGCUUGGAUCGUUUUAAAUUCUUAGUUUGGGAUCCCCGCCCGCCUGCCUCUUCCGCCUCGCGGAUUUUCUUUUCUUUUUCUUUUUUUUUUCUUUUUUCCCUCCCGGUCUCCUUUUUGACUCCUUCCUCCUUUAUGCUCGCCCAACCCUCUCCCCGCUGCUAAGAAGUGGGGGGGAGGGUCUCGGCCUCCAGGUUCCCGCCCCACCGGGGCCCGGGCGAGCAUGGGAGGCAAGCAGAGCACGGCGGCCCGUUCCCGGGGCCCCUUCCCGGGAGUCUCUACGGAUGACAGCGCCGUGCCCCCGCCAGGAGGGGCGCCCCACUUUGGGCACUACCGGGCGGGUGGCGGAGCCAUGGGUCUUCGCAGCCGUUCGGUCAGCUCGGUGGCAGGCAUGGGCAUGGACCCCAGCACGGCCGGAGGGGUGCCCUUUGGCCUCUACACUCCCGCCUCCCGGGGGACCGGCGACUCCGAGAGGGCGCCGGGCGGCGGAGGGUCCGCGUCUGAGUCCACCUAUGCUCACGGCAAUGGUUACCAGGAGACGGGCGGCGGUCACCAUAGAGACGGGAUGCUCUACCUGGGCUCCCGAGCCUCGCUGGCGGAUGCUCUACCUCUGCACAUCGCACCCAGGUGGUUCAGCUCGCACAGUGGUUUCAAGUGCCCCAUUUGCUCCAAGUCUGUGGCUUCUGACGAGAUGGAAAUGCACUUUAUAAUGUGUCUGAGCAAACCUCGCCUCUCCUACAACGGUAAGGGCUUGGCGGGGGCCUGCGAGCGAGGUUCUCCCCAGCCUCCCGUGGUGCUGGGCAGCAUUUCCACCCACCUUCCGGCCGGAAUGCCUGAGUGGUAAUGGGAAACCCGACCACUCAGGGAGUCUUGCUGUGCCAGUCGGAGAGGACGAGGAAUGGGACAAGGAAUGGGACAGAGUCAGGUCCGUGGUGCCAGGAGGUCUCUCGGGUAGCCCAGUUAAUCCUUCUGCUUGUUUUCUGCCCCGCUUGUUUCCUGGACAUCGGGUUGGGAGAUACCGCCUCCACCCAUGUGUGCUCCUGACAGCAGGAGGCUGGAGGGACUGCCACCUCUCCUCGGGGCACAGGGCGUCUGUGCCAGGGGUUCGCACAGAGCACUUACGCCCCGACGACUCCUCACAGCAGAAUAAGUACAAUAGGCAGACGCCCUUUAGGAAUCAAAAACACCGAGCUGCCACCUAGUCGCUCCACCAAGGCUGUGGGUAAGGAAUCGGAGCCCAGCUGAUGUGAGUUCAAAGCCUGUCUCAACCACUUACUGACUGUGAUCCUAGGCAGGUUGCUCAGUUUAGCAGGGCCUUGGUUUUCUGGUCCAUGAAAUGGGGCUAUCAAUACCCGGUUCAUAGGAAUUUUGACAAAAUACAGUAAGAUAUGACAGGUAAAACUCGUUAGCACAGCCUGGCACGUGGUCGGUGCUCGGGAAGUUACAGCAGCCCCGGCAGAGGCGGGACCGGCUGGCGGUUUCGUUCCUCAUUUCGCAGAGUGGACCAGUUUCUCUUUAACGCUUCGCAUCCUGUGCUGCUGGCCACACUCUGCUUUUCCAUUAUGUGCUUCGUCUGGGCAUCGUACCAUGUUCGCCAGCGAUCUGUGUAUUAUAUGAGAACUGGUACUAGAUCUAAGCGGGGUGCACCCCUACGCCGACCCUGGGCCCACCUUCUAGGAUUAAAGUCACAGCGGUUCUUAAGAGUUCUGGGACGUCACAGAGGGUCUGAGGACUGGCCCGGAGGUGAGCCUGGGUCGCUUGACCCCCAUCUCGACAGGAGGUGUUUCCUGGGCAGACUUGGCAGACCUGUCCUUGGGCUCUGGCCUCCUCAGAUCCCGAUGUCCCUUGCCCUCCACACCGCAUUAGCCUGGGCAGGCCUGAUGGUUCCAGAGUGUUCUGUGGAAUAAAUCUGAUGAAUUCGAUCCACUUGAUUCUCCUGAAAACACACCCUGCUCUUCUCUCAUCUGUUUACUUGCUCGGCCAAAAGCUCCGGACGCAUGCGGGUGGGCAGGGUACCUAGUGUGUCAGCUGCACGCAGUCCGGCAGCUGGUCAGGGAAGGCUGCGGCCCUCUCUCCAUCCCCAGCGUUUCUCUCCCGCUUCAUAUCCUCCCGGUGCCUGGGAAGUCUCUCCUGUCCCCAGUGGGCAGCCUCUCCCUGUCUCUGGGCAUGAAAACCUCUGUGUCUGAGUCUUCCGUCACGAUGCUCUGGACUUCCCAUCAGACUUCCCAGUGUGCUUCCCUUCGAGGCUGCUCCCGCUCCGCUCUGCGCUGUUCCUCGCCUCUGCCUGGGACCAUGGACGGAGAGGAGUCUUUGCCCCAGCCAUGGCCUCGGGAACUGUUCCCUUAUUUUCCACAUACGCGGAGCCCUCAUGAAGACCGCUUUUUGUCCCGUGGGUUGCUGGGGGGAGAUCUCCAUAGACACUGCCUUGUGUCAUAAGAACACAAAGCAGCCUCAGAGUGGGCCCGCCCGAGAGGGCUGGGCUCUUGGUGUCAUCAGGAAGAACUUUGCAAAGGCAGCUGUGGAGGACAGAGUGCUCUUGGGGCCACCUGAGUACUGCAUACCCCCACACCCAGUCUGGAGAACAGGAAAGGUGAGGGGCACGGGCUGUAUGGAGAACUGCGCGGUGCUCCCCGUAGGGCUCCUCCCCGCUGGCAGCCAGAGGAUGCGGUCAUUCUGCCCUGCUACCUUCAUCUCCGUAGAACAGGCUUCGAAGCCCAGUCAGAGCACAGGGCACCCGCAGACGCCACACUCAAAGUCAGAGUCCCUUUAGAACAGGAGUCCCCUGUUCUAAACCCUGGGCGCAGACCAGUACCGGUCCAUGGCCUGUUAGGAACCGGGCCGCACGGCAGGAGGGGAGCGGUGGGUGAGAGAGCGAAGCUUCGUCUGUAUCUGCAGCCGCUCCCCAGAGCCAGCAUCACAGCCUCAGCCCCGCCUCAGAGCAUCAGGCAUUAGAGUCUCCGAGGAGCUCCGAGGUCCCUGGUGCCACAAAGGUUGGGGACCACUGCCUUAAAGAACAAGGAAGUUGGCCAACCAGCCUGUGGCUGUUCUCACGCUGGUCUCAUCUUUUCCCUCUUCUUCUGAUUAAAAAGCCAUCUCCUCAGGUUGUGUGUGUAUGUGUGUGUGUGUAUAUAAACCAGAAGCUUUCAAUCCAGGAUUUCUUUUGCAAAAGUCAGUCCUUUACCACCAGAGGCAAAGAGAGAGCAUGUUGCAUGAGUCUUGUCAGUGGAAUUUGUCAUAAGGUGUUGAAGGUGCUUCAGAAACAGGGGCCCUUCUGAGUGCCCUGUUGUGAAAAGGCCUUCGGGGCUGGACCCCUCAUACUGUCCUUGUCUUUUCUGCAGACUUCAAACCCUUCCAGGUAAGAAGGCGUUAGCCGCCUGGGGUUGGUAUGUGGAGUUUCAGUCUCCGGAGCUGGUCUGGGGCCUGGUCUAGUUCAGAUCGAGCCCAGGCCUUUCGGGGUCCACAGGCCAAGCCCCCAGUUGGGAUUUCUAGCUAUUUGUUUUGGUUUUGCCAGUAGCAUAUUCUACUCCUGAUUUCUCAUCAUCCCAUCCUCUUGACUUCACUUUAUCUUUUCUUGUAAAAGAAAUAAUAGUAAUGUGAGGAGACCUUAAAGAGUCUGUGAAAUAAAUAUAGAGCUCUCAGAUCUUUCUGGUAAGGGGGCUGGGGGGAGGCUGUCCUCCUAGUGGAUAGAGAAAGAAGUGCUACUUUCUUAGGAGGAUUCACUAGAACUCCUGGUCACUCCCCUGGAGACUUCCCAUCUACACGUACACAAACUUUCUGCAGUUGCUGGCACCAGUUGGGGCAUUUUUUAUAAAACGGCGGUUAUAUAAGAUGAAACUUAGUUAGCCGCCAAAGAGAAAAAAGUAAAAACCUCCUAAAUGAGGCAGAUAGAAAGUAGUAUUUUUCUUAUUAUGAGGGUUGGCCUGAGCUGUGGGUUGGAAGGCCUCCAAUAGCCGCCUGCUAGAUUUAAAAAAAAAAA